AUGGUGCAAGCAUCUCCCUUGCUCCUCGCGCUCUUCCUGGCCCUGGGGGCUCACGGCCUUGCUGUGAAAAAGUGUAACCUGACUGGGCAAUGGUGGAAUGACCUGGGCUCCAACAUGACCAUUGAUGAAGUAAAGAAAAAUGGUGACUUCACUGGCAAGUACUUAACAGCUGUGUCAGGUUCCACAUCAAAUAUCACAGCAUCACCUAUGGUGGAGUCCCAGCAGCUUGCAAAUCUGAGCCAGCCCACCUUUGGUUUCACUGUCCACUGGAGCUUUACAGACUCCAUCACUGUUUUCACGGGCCAGUGCUUCGUGGAUGAGUAUGGAAAGGAGGUUUUGAAGACCAUGUGGCUGCUGAGGUCACAUGUGGAGAACAUCAAAAAUGACUGGAACGCCACCAGGGUUGGCUACAACACAUUUGGGCGCAACAAGACCUCAUGGAUUGAGGACUGGUAGCAUUGGAGCUCCCAGAGAAGAGGCAGUGCCUGGUUGUAGGCCUUCCUCC